CCCGGGCUUUAUUUUGAUAGCUACACGUGGCAGUGGAGCAGCGAGUGUUUGGCAGAUGAUGCUGCUGCUGCUGCUCUGUGAACACAGUCUCUCUCGCUCUCAGAGCGCCGCCGGGUUUCUGAGGAGGUCUGAACUGAGCUCUGGGCUCUGAGCUCUGAGUAAAAGUGCGGAGAGGCGCUUCAGCAGGUCUGUCCUCAGCGGAGGGAAGAAGUUCAGCGUUCAUUUCUCUCAGUUUCUCAGAGAAACCUCUAGUUUUUCCGCUUUGGCUGAUUUUACCUCAGAUUUCUGCUCUGGUUUUGGCGCGAACGGCGCGUGCGUGACACAGGUGCUUAGCUUGACGCCUGCUCACCGGUUUACCUCAGGGCUCCUAAAGACAUUGGACAGCAGCUGGUGGUCACAUGAUGGCUUUCACUGUGAACCUGAUUGGCCCAUCUCCCUGGGGCUUCAGAAUAUCUGGCGGGCGGGAUUUCAAGAAGGCAAUAACAGUCUCAAAGGUAAACCCUGGCAGUAAAGCAGAGCUCGCUUGUCUCCAACCUGGGGACAUCAUUCUGGAAAUAAAUGGAGAAAACACUGGUGACAUGCUGAAUGUGGAGGCACAGAACAAAAUCAAGAACUGCAAGACACAGCUGCAGCUGCAGGUGGACAGACCAGCCCUUCCCAGUCCUGGACAGACCAACGGGAUCAAUACCACAGAGCAGCUGGUGGGCCGUUUUCAAGAGGCUGUGCAAGUUAGUCGGGAUGAGAACCAGAACUACAGAGAAUAUUCAAUCUCCAGUCCAGCAUCACUCUCUCCAGGCCCAUAUUCACCAGAGCCUCCCUCCAGCCCUGACCGUAAAGGAGAAAGGAUCACACCCACCAGCAACAAGAGCCUGCAGCUCCGUUCCUGGUCCCCAGAAGAAAAGAACACCAGUUACAGACUGUCUAGGCCACUUUCUCAGGAGUUUUCCUCGAUGGAUUUUCGCAGCAACUCUGUGUCCAGUCGGACCCCAACCCCUCCUGGACGAUACUCUCCACACAGUCCAAUCGAACGGGAGCUUUCUGUGUCCCCCCGCCGCAGCUCGGACUUCGCAAUGCAGAGGUUUGACCGAGACUCGGAGGUGUACAAGAUGAUUCAGGAGAAUAAGGAGUCACGCACUGCCCCUCGACAGUCGAACACCUUUAAAAUGCUGCAGGAGGUGCUGGAGGCUGACGAGAAAGAGGCUGCCCUCAGGUUUCCAGGGAAACUGUCACCAAGCCCCCCCAAGCCAGUGGUGUCGUCUUCUGUUGCCGGGGUGCAGAAAUACCACACCUGUGAAAAAUGUGGCACUAACAUUGUCACCCAGGCGGUGAAGAUCAUCGACGAUCGUUACCGUCACCCAGAAUGCUACACGUGCACAGACUGCGGCCUAAACCUGAAAAUGCGUGGUCACUUCUGGGUGGGAAAUGAGAUGUUCUGUGAGAAACACGCCCGCGAGCGCUACCAGGGGCCGGGGGCCGGCUAUCGCCACCCCAUCUCCCCUCACCACUGAACUCACGGCACUUUUGCACCCCCUCCGCACCGCCCAGUCCUCCAUCCCCUCCCUUUUCUUUCUCUUCCUCCUUCCACAGCGGAAGGCAGGACAGUGUUGGUUGAGAGGAAGCAACCGAAAACAAACGGAACCCUCAGCUUCCUCGUAUUGGUUCCAGUAUGACUGUUCCUUCCUCGAGCCGCAGUGUGUGUUACAGCUUGCCAACUCUGGACCCUGGGACUGGAUGAGGGAGGGCUGGAAAUGUGGAGCUAAUAUAAAUAUAUAUUUAGGCCAAGUGCAAAAAACAGUUAUAAUAUUCCUAUAGCAUCAAAUAUUCUACUCUUUAACUUCUGCCUCGCCUGCCAGUUCUUCACGUUGCAUUAGGCUUUGUUGUUUACAUAAUUCAGUAAUUCACCUUGAGUUUAUCUCAUGUUUUUAUUGUCAGUUUGACUGAAAUACAUGUAUACAGCCGCUGCCUUAAGGCCAACCCUGGAUCUGCUUCACGCAGUGAAGAUAAACAUGCAGUUAUAUAUCACAAGAAUUGCAGAGGUGCACAGGGGACUGGACUCCUUUCUGUGUGUGUGAGAUUGUGAGUGUGUGAGUUAAAAACAGCUGAGAACCUGAAAAAUAUAUAUAUUAAUUUAGCCACAAAAAACCUUUUCCACUCACUUAAGGUGUGCAUGUGUGAGAUUUCUGAAUGAUACCUGAAGUUUUUAGUCUAUAUCUCACUUUGUAAAUGCAUUGAUCAAUUACAUUUAUAUUUGCUAUUGAAAGUAUUUUGCUGUUACUUAUUAUACAAAUGCAUAAAAACACACAUGUGUACACACAUUCAUGUUGAGCACACUUUAUAUCAGUUCAGGGCUGCCAAAAUAGUGACCCAAGGGACAAAUCUGAUAAAUCUACAGAUAUCGGCAGCAGCUGAUCAAGCUGCAGUUGUUCAAGUCUUUUUAUAAGGUAGCCCAUCUUAUAAUAUGAUCUAUAAAUCUGUCUCAUAUCUAAAGUGGCCAAAAAUCCCAUUCUGUCCCCGAGGGCUAACAUGUUUUGGGCAACCCUGAUUUAGCUGAGUAUUUAUCUUUUCAUUUACUUUUUUACUUAUUAAACAAGGGAAAUAUAAAUAUAUUAAAGCAGCAAUAAUAAUAAUAAUGAUGAGUAAUAGAAUUUGUUUGUGUAAAUAAUGUGUGUUUUUUUUUUCUCUUUAAAGUGCUACAAAUAUAUAUAUUGGUAGAGUGCUCUUUCAUGCUGGAGUGGACAGGGUUACGUGUUUGGGUGUGUUGUAUGUUUUUCUGUGUGAAGAGGACUUGAUGCUAAUUAUGUCCCUCUCUAGCAAGAGAGAGGCAGAGAGAAAUAUUAGCCGCAGUUUAUUUGUAUUAUAGACCUGCACAAAGGUGCUAUAUUUUCAUAGACGCAGAAUUCUGCCGAUGGUGAAUUGUAGAGUCUGGUGAAUCCUGAAUGUUAAAUUGCUCCUGUGCUUUCUUUAUCUUUUUGUUUUUCUUUUUCAAAUAUAAAAUUUGCUGAUCACUGA